CCAUGUUGUAUUAUUUACCUUUAGUGAUACAAAAACAAAAGAGAAAACUAAAUGUGAUCAUCAGAAAAAAAGGACAAAAUAUGCUGAAUGACCUUAGCAAGCAAGGCUUGCAGAUGGGUCAGGGGCUGUGGAGAGUGGCCAGAAACCAGCAGCUACAGCAAGAAGGUUAUAGUGAGCAAGGCUACCUCAGCAGAGAGCAGAGCAGGAGGAUGGCUGCCAACAACAUUUCUAACACCAGUCAUCGUAAACAAGUCCAAGGAGGCAUUGAUAUAUAUCAUCUUUUGAAGGCACGGAAAUCUAAAGAACAGGAAGGAUUCAUUAAUUUGGAAAUGUUGCCCCCUGAGUUAAGCUUUACCAUCUUGUCCUACCUGAACGCAACUGACCUCUGCUUAGCUUCAUGUGUUUGGCAGGACCUUGCGAACGAUGAACUUCUCUGGCAAGGGUUGUGUAAAUCCACUUGGGGUCACUGUUCCAUAUAUAAUAAGAACCCACCUCUAGGAUUUUCUUUCAGAAAAUUGUAUAUGCAGCUGGAUGAAGGCAGCCUUACCUUUAAUGCUAACCCAGAGGAGCUACAGAUAUCAGAUUAUAGAAUUCUUGUUAUACCUCCUCUACUGUGUUUGGAGGAGUGGACAGAGAAGAAAACCACAGGGAACAAGAUUCUCCAAAGGACAUCGUUCAUGUCACGGAUAUGGGUAACCAAACUCCACAGCAACUGCUGGCAGUGGCUCAUGGGGUGGGGGAGAACAUCCGCCCAGUUUGUGGGAGUGAACUACUUUAUGUCCAAGGGUAUCCUAGAUGAUUCACCAAAGGAAAUAGCAAAGUUUAUCUUCUGUACAAGAACACUAAAUUGGAAAAAACUGAGAAUCUAUCUUGAUGAAAGGAGAGAUGUCUUGGAUGACCUUGUAACGUUGCAUAAUUUUAGAAAUCAAUUUUUGCCUAAUGCACUGAGAGAAUUUUUUCGUCAUAUCCAUGCCCCUGAAGAGCGUGGGGAGUAUCUUGAAACUCUCAUAACAAAGUUCUCACAUAGAUUCUGUGCUUGUAACCCUGAUUUAAUGCGAGAACUUGGCCUUAGUCCUGAUGCUGUCUAUGUACUGUGCUACUCUUUGAUUCUACUUUCCAUUGACCUCACUAGCCCUCAUGUGAAGAAUAAAAUGUCAAAAAGAGAAUUUAUUCGAAAUACCCGUCGUGCUGCUCAAAACAUUAGUGAAGAUUUUGUAGGGCACCUUUAUGACAACAUCUACCUUAUUGGCCAUGUGGCUGCAUAAAAGCACAAUUGCUAGGACUUCAACUAUUAACUUCAAACUAAAGUUACCCAAGGACUUAUUUAGCAGAUAUGGGGGUUACAUUAGUGCUGGUCAUUCUAGCCUCUGUAUACAAUCAAGCUCGAGUGUACACCUUUUUUUUCCCUUUUACUAUUUUCUUUUUUAGUAAUUUCCUUGGGGAACUAAAGAAUUUUGCAGAAUUUUUCUUAAUUUUGCUUAUCAUGUUUUGCACAAAGCAGAGCCAUUGUCUGACACAGCUAUUUAAGAAUGUUCAACUGACAUUAUACUCUAAAAGAUGGUAUAUUUGUGCAUUAGAUUUGCUUGAAAAACUACUCAUUUUCAUUCUUUUUUAAAAUACCAUGUAAUGUGUACAUAUUUAACUGAAGAGAUUUAUAAUCAUAAUUAUUUUAUUGUAAAGAUUUUAACUAAAGCCCUUCCUUUUCCUCUCAAACUGAGUUCUGAAAUUUAUUUGAUUCUGAUCUGAGCUUAUUACUGUCUUCAUAAAAGUUGGAUCUGACUUAGAUAAAGACAAAUACCAGUUUCUCUUUCCUUUGAACUUUAUAAGAAUAUAGAUUUAUUACUAGUAAUAAGCAAAACAGGCACUUAUUUUUAUAAUAUAAAUUCGUCGCUCGACUUUCCAUUUUUAAAAGUUUUAAGUUAGUCAUUUCUCAGUAAGUCCUUUAAACUAUUUGAGAUAGCAAAAUAUGUUGAAAUCUAGGAUUCCCAUGCAUAGGAACAGAAUGCUAUUAAAACUUAUAUCUCUUGUAAUUAAUCAAAAUUUGCCAUUCUCUUAACUUGAUAAUUUGUUUACAUUCAGUUGAGAAAGGGGUAUUGUGAGUUAGUCAUCCAAUAAUAUUUACCAAGGGCCUUCUGUGUACUAAACACUGUGCUAGGUAGCAAUUCCUAGACAUGGGCCUUGCCUUCAUAGAUGUUACAUGAUUGAUAAGGAAAAAUACUGCUUUCUAAGCAGGGUCGGGCCUGAUGAGUACUUGGAUGGGAGGAAAAAUACUGCUUCUUGGAGAGUAUAUGUAUGAAGCAUAGCUUAAUUAACAAUUAUUUAAUUAUGAAACACUUAGCAUUGAAAUGAUAAAGAAGAAUAUAUUUAUAUGGUAAGUCAAAAGUUUCCUGGAAAUAUUGCUAAGUGAAUAGCAUCAGCUUUGAAAUGAGACACUAUGUGAUGAGUAGAGCUGCUAGUUUAGGGGGUGGAACUUGGAAGAUUGGAAACUUUUUACUGAAUGUGUACAGUCCGAGCUUCUUUCUGGAUCUGGUCCUAAGUAAAUAGUGGUUGAUAAUAUUACAACUGCAAGUGAUGCCCUAUAGAAUUUUCAAUGGCAAAACAUAAGAUAGUCAAACAAUUUUGGAAGUCAAAGGGACUUUUAGACUGGAAGUAAACAAGUUUUUAGAUCUUGAGGAAAAUACCUAAAUUUUCACAUGUGCAUAAUAUUGAAUCCCAUAACAAGAUACUUCUUUGUAAUUUUUAACUUCAAAACUAAUUUAUUGGAAAGUUUCAGAAGACCAACAGUAAUAAUAACAUUUUAUCAUUUCCAUUUUCCCAUGAAUCUCCUUUUCUUUCUCUCUUUUUUUUUUUCCCCAAUCCCUAUCUCUCCCUUACCGUUUGGUUCUUUCUACCUCUGUUUUAGUUUUAUUCUCUUUUCUUUCCUUCUAUAUAGUUUUAUGUAUCCUCCAUUUCACAGUUUUCCCCUUUUUCCUGUUUUAUUUUUUCCACCCUGACCGGAUAACAAACGUAAAUUGGCAGUAUUCUUUUUUUAACAUUUUCUUACGAAAAUUUUCAAACAUAUAAAAGUUAAAAUAUAUUUUACAGAGAAUGUGUAUAUAACCACUAUGUAGGUUCUACAAUUAAAAUAUUACUGCAUUCACUUUAGCACGCAUUUAUCCAUCCCUCUGUCCAUCAAUCCACCUAUCUUAUUGUUUUAAUACAGGUAAUACAAGUUUUGGACAUCACAGUACUCUUUCUUCCUAUAGAAUUCAGCUUGUAUAUUGUUAGCUAAAGAUUUACUUUUAAAAAAAAUUUUUCUUUCUUUAUAGGUAAAAUUUGCAUUCGAUGAAAUAUAUAAAUGUGAAGUGUACUAAUCCAUGAAUCUUAAUAAAUGCAUACACUUGAGUAAACCAAGCCCAUAUCAAGAUAUACAACUUGACACAACCUAUUUACAGUUAAUAUUUGUACCACUUCACAUAAAAUAUAGAAACCUUGUAACCAUACAGGGUGUUUACCCACUUCCUUCAUUUGUUAUCUUAGAGUUGUUCUAUGAAUUGCAGAUAGCAUACAUUACAGACUCCACACCGUAAUAAUUUACUUUGAGUAGUCAUGUACACUUUAAACAAGAGGAAAAAACCUCACUUAUAUUGACCCACAUUGUCAUUUCCAACGUUUUUUUCCUUUCUGAAAAUCCAAGUUUCCUUGUAAUAUCAUUCAUGUCAGCCUGAAAAAUAUUACCAUCUAUAUGACUGUUCAGGUAUGCUGGCAAUGAAUUAUCCUAGUUUCCUUAUACAUGAAAAUGUCUUUACUUUGUUUUCCUUUUUGAAGAGUGCUUUGCUGCAUAUAUAAUUCUGCAUUGACAGUUUAUUCCCCCCUUUUGCACUUUAAAGAUAGUCCUCCACUGUCUUCUGGCCUCCAUUGUUUCCAGUAAGAAGUCAGUAUAUUCAAUUGUUUUCUCCCUGUGUGUAUAAAAAAACCUAUUUCCCUCUGAAAAUGAAAAUUUUGUCAGAUAUUUCUCAAUCUCAUUUUUAUUUCCUCCCCUUUUACAUAUGUGCUAGAACUUUUGAUAUCAUCUCAUAGAUCUUUUUUUUUUUCAUCUUUUUUUCCUCUUUUCUUCAGUUGGAUUAUAUCUGUUGAUCACUGUUCUAGGUCACUGACUUUUCUGUAAUCCCUUUUAAGCUCAUUCAGUGAACUUUUUUAACUACUAUACUUCUUAGUUCUAGAAAUCCCUUCACAUUUUUAUAAUUUAUAUGUCUGUGCUGCUGCGAUUUCCUAUCUUCAUUUACGGCAAGCACAUUUUCCUUACAACCUUGAACAUAGUUAAAUAGCUGCUUUAAAUCUUUAUCUGCUCAUUUCAUCUUCUUCAAUUGCCUCUUCUUUUGAGAAUAGACUAUAUUUUCCUGUUUCUUCAUAGGUUAGUAAUUUAGACUUUGUCCUAAACAUGGCUAAUAAAAUAUAUAGAAACUCUAUGUUAUGAUACAUUUCUCCAAAGACUUUUUUUUUAAAGCUGGAAGUUAACUGGCAGAACUCAGUUGCAAGCUCUUACUCCCCUGAAGUAGUUCAAAUAUCCGUUCCCUUCUUUAACCUGGAAUCUUUUGUGUGUGUCCACAGUUUAGAGAGAAGCCAGAGUGUGUGGCACAGUUCAUACACAGAAAUUAGGGAGCUCGCUCUUCUUUUCUUGCCAUUAUUUCUUUCUUCCUUUUCUUGCAGCUACUGUUGCCCCAAACUCUGCCCCAGGGUUCUUCAAGUCUGUGAAACUAAAGGCUCCAAUGAUGUAGCCUGAGAGCUGCCCUCAGGCAAAAACUAUAAAAUGGGAAAUUCAUCUCCUAUCUUCUUCUUCCAAGUACUCUCUUCAGUGUCAGCCUAAAAAAAAAAAUUACUGAUCAGCCUUAUUGGGUUGCUUUCCAUUUCUAUACUUUGUCCAGAGUUUGUGGUUUUAUCUCUUCAAGGGCUUGUCUGAAAGAGCCAUCAGUUGAAGUAGACCCCUCUUGAAUUGGGCAGUAUUCUUUUUACUACUUUCUAUACUUACUGAAUAGGGAUUUAUUCCUGGCAUCUUAAAAACUAGGUGAGUAUAAAUUUACAUGUUUAUUUUUAAAAACCCCAUCAUAAUAAAACAUUUACUGAAUGCUUAACUCAGAAGUUCAGUGUUUUCCAGUGAGGUCCCGCUGGCUUUUGGGGAAGGAUGUUCAUUAUGGGAGACUGCUCCCUACAAAGGAGAACAUCAACGUGCCUGGAUUUUGCCUGCUAGAUGCCAGUAGCAUCCCUCAGUUAUUGUGACAUACAAAUAAUGUCCCCACAUGUUUCCAAGUGCCUAAAGUUUGGAACUAGUGGACCUUCCUUCCGAUAAAACAAGUUUAUCUUUCUAAAACACAAGCUCCUUUUGACACUUCUGUUUCAAGUACUCAAUAUCUCCCUUUCUACAAAAUUAAGCCUCUUCAGCAUGGCAUAAAGGGCUGUAUGAUCUGGGGGCACCUGGGUGGCUCAGUUGGUUGAGUAUCUGACUCUUGAUUUUGGCUCAGGUUGUGAUCUCAGAGUCCUGGAAUUGAGCCAAGAGUCAGGCUCCCUGCUCAGCAGGGAGCUUGCUUCUCCUAUCCCUCUGCCCCUCCCUACCCAUCCACACACACUCUCUCUCUCUCUCUCUCUGAAAUAAAUAAGUCUUUAAAAACAAAAAAGGCUGUACAAUCUGGCCUCAGCUUAUCUUUCUUUAAAGCCUCAUAUCCAACAUUCCUCAAAUGUGAUGUGAUCUGAUCUUUGUCUUUUACAAGCUGGUCUUUCUGUGAUGUCUUGCUCUCCUUCUGUAUCUAAAGUUCCCCUACUCAUCAUCCAAGAUCCACCUCAAAUAUAGCUUAUUCAGCAAAGCUUUCAAAGACUGGCUUUCUAUUAUAAAGGCUAAACUAGGUAAGUGGCAGAAGACUUAGGAGGAACGAAUAAAAAACAAAAACUGAAAAUUGAUGGGGUUUAGUGAUUUUGAAAGAACAAGUUUGAUAAAAGGGUCUAGUUUUCCUACUAUCAAAGGUAGCUACUAAGAGAGGCAACCAGUGGAGUGAUAUGGAACAGAUGCGAUCCCAGUUUUUUGAAUUUGAAAGUAUCAACAGAACUUUGGUCGCAGCUAGAGAAUAAGGCUAGGAAAAAGAAAUCAGGGCUGGAUAAUAUAAGUUUGGAGGUCUUACUGGUAUUUAAAAGGUAUUUUGUUAAGUGAAGCACUGGAGAAAGCUCCUCUAGAAGGUUUGUUGAGUAAAAAGAAAUGUUUGGGAAACACAGCAUUUUAGGUUUUGGUAGAGAAAAUGAGGGUUUGUGAAGACUAUAGAAGGACCAGAGAAGAAUAGUGGCCUGAGAGCUAGGGAAGCCGAGUUUCAAGAAGGAUGCUGAGUUUGCAUUUGGUGCUGCUCAACCAAGUAGUUUUUUUUCCCCAUCUACACUCAAGCUUCUUUGUCUACCUUUUCCACUUAAGGCUGGGUUCUUUUGUUACAGUAGUGCUAAUGGCUUUUAUAUUGUCUCUGACCAAAUAUUCUCUUACCCAACACGUAAUCUGAGCUCUGCUGAAACCCACAAGAGUACUUAUGGUCCUCCGCAACUCAGGCCUGUCUACACCUUCCCUCCCCUCUAAGGGCUGUGCUGUUUCAAGGCCAGGACAUACCAUACCAACUGGGUACUUGCUAGUGCGUUUUUCCUAUGCAUGAUUACCAGUUCUGUUUUCUAAUAUACAGGUUAGUUUGUGGGGGGUUUUUUUGGUUUUUGUUUGUUUGUUUUUGUUUUUUGUUUUUUAAGAAAAGGAGGCAAAGAAAAAAAGUGCUCAAAAACUUUUGAGUUCUCCAGAUUUAUCAUUAAGAUUUUUCCCAAGUAUAUUUUUUAAAACUAAUACUCUCUAAUCUCAAUGAACCCUGCAUUUUCAUUCUUCCAUUAAUUUUGCUUUUUUUUUUUUUUUUUAAAUAAUUGUAACUUCUCCCUCACAUUUACCUGUUGAAAUGUUAUUUGCUCUUCAAAGUCCUCUUAGAUUCUUUCCUCUCCGGGGUAACUGUUCCACUUCUUUCAGGUGGAAAUUUUAUUCUUUUAUCUCCCUCAGUACCUAGCAUAGACCUUGGCCAACUGAAUUAUUUUAGAUCUGGUUUAGUUUGUACAUAAGCACAUAGGAAGAUGGUUUUACUAUGUCCAUUUUUAAAAAAUAUAUUUGGAGCUUUCAGUUGUACACAACUUAUAAAUUGGAACAUAUUAGAGUUAACUUCUUAAAAAUAUUUAAAAACUCAUUCAACCUCUGUUUUAUUCUUGAUAUAAAUUCAUCUCUAGAGAACUUCUGAUCUUAAAUAUUUGGAUGAAUCACUACUUUAGGACUGUCUUUUUUUUUUAAUUUCAAGAGUUGAAGCCAUUGAUCUUUUUACUUCUCUAAAUUGAUCUUUUACAUUUUUUACAGUAUGAUUAAUAUGGUGCUUGAUGACAGUAAGCCUAUUCAGAAGUCUUAACAUUUAAGAUAACAACUUGUUUAUUGUAAUUUGAGUCUGUUUUCCUGUGUUUAAAACGAACUCCUUAAAUAUCAUACUGUUAACUUCCUAGUUCCUUUUUAAGCAUUCAUAACCGAAUAUGUCUACUGUGAGAAGCCAUCCUAAGGAAAUAAUCCAAAAUAAGCAAAAGGCAAUACUUACAUCAUUAGUUCUGCAAUUGUUUUUAAUUUAAGGGGAAAAAAAAUAACUGGAAUGCCCAAAACUUGGGGCUGUUCAAGCAAAUAACUAGCAGAUAUUUGAGAACAUGCUAUGUAUGAGACACUAUGCUAGGCACUGGUCAAGUAGACCAAAAUACAUCCUCAUCAUGUAUUAUCGUGAAGCUAUGAUGUUUAUAAAUAAUAUAGAAAAGCAGUUACAAAUCAUGAUGAAUACCAAAAGGAUAUGAAAUUAUGCAUAUAUGUAUGUAUGUGUAUGUGUGCACACACACACAUCACAAUUACUAUGUAAAACGCCACAAAAAUCUGAUUGGAAAAUAGACACUAGAGUAAAAUAUACCAAGAUAUGGAUAAUGAUCUCAUUUCCUCUUUCAAAUAUUAUUAAGGAUCAUAUAUUUUCAAUAGAACUAAAUAAAUUCCCUGAACUAUUCAGAAAAUAAAGAUAAAUGGUGUCCCCAAAUUAACCAAUAUAGUUUCCCCCCAGAAUGUUUCCCUGUAUUUUUAUUCAAAAUUUGUUUUAUUUCUAAAAGACACUUGGUUGAUCUGUUAAAUGAUUUCUGGACAAAUGUUUUGUUUUCAAGCUUCGAAAAGUGGAUUGUUUUAUAUUAUUUUUGUCUCAUCGAAUUAAAGGCCAACAAGAGAAAGAUACCAAAUCUUUACUGAGGAAAUUUUCAUUUGUUUAAAAAAAAAAAUGGCUUUCUUCUUGGCGCGGUUGGACAGGAAGGUUGGAUUUAAUUUAAAAUGAUUAAUGAGAUUUUGUCAGGCUCCUUGACUUUACCACCACUGCAGUUCGUCAGUGCAACAACCCAGGGAGCCCGGACGCCACUCUGUCGCCCAAAACCACUCUCCAGGGGGAAAAUUAACUGGCAGAAGUAGUGCCAGGUACACGUCAAUAGCCUUGUCUCCUGGGUAUCGAGAGUUUAAAAGUCUGAAUCAGAAAUAUGUAAGUUUUGGGGAUACACAUACCUAAGAUAAUGUUUUCACUAAUAAAUAUUUCAGUGGGGG